AUGUUGAAGCCCUUCCAGGUCAGAAACCUUCGGGUAUCCACUCAUCAAGAGCCCGAGCAGCUUGCGGAUCCUCGUGCACCUCCAGGAGUGGUCCAGAUUUCUGCGACAGAUUACGAUGAAUUAGCCUCAAACCAUCCUCGCGCGAGGUUGACUUAUAUGGAUGUCGAUGAUGAUGACGAAACAAUCACCGUAGGAUCCGCUCUUGAGCUCUCUCAGCGCCUUGAUGAGCCCCUAGACACUAAUACGCAGCUUGAAUCCGUCGAACCUUCUCCCGAUGACAUCAGUCCGAUGCACGUAUUUGAUAUUCACCGAUCAAACUCCGUGACCGAGUUGUGGAAGCGAUUUGAACACAACGUUCCGAAACAAGACUUGGCUGGUAAGCAAACCGGCACGCAAACUACUUCUAAGGCUACUAUCCUCGAAGAGCAACAUGAAGUCCCGGUCCACAUCACUACCUCCCCAUCGGUCUCUGCGGACCAGCCUCAGCCUCUUAUGGAAGCAUUUGAGGCUGAACUAGCAAAGAUGUUCAAUGCUGCUGACUCCUUGGAGAGUCCAGCACCUCUACUACCUAAUUCCGCACCGACUAUUGAAUCAUCAGUCAACGUAAACUCUGGGCGAUCCCCUCAUCCCGUUGAGAUUUUAGCGACACAGGUCCUAGACCAGUUGAUCCACGGGGCUACUAUGCUACAGUCUGAAUGGAGAACAAAAAUCCCUGGGUUACAGCGACAGUUACAGAAUGCCCAAAGACAAUUUGAAAAUGCACAGAAAUCCUUGCCUGAGAACGUGGAAGCGUCAUUGCGGGCACUUCUCAUCACUGUUGAAGCUCACCUAAGAACCGCUUUUUAUAACCUCCCAGAUGGAGGAAGACAAAUGGCAGAAGAUGCCUUCCAAGCAGGAAGGCCUGUCGCUGAAACCGCCGCUGAUGGUCUUCGCAUGAUGGCCUCCGAACUCAACGAGGUCGGAAAAACUUUAUUUGCCGCAUUCGAAAGCGAGUUUGGGCGCGCUGUAUCAACAGCCUCUACGUCGAACUCGACUUCCGAGGUGCCAAAUCCCGGAGCAUCCGGGCCAUCCUUUAACAUUGCUGCAUACAAUGAAGCUACGGCCUCGGGCACCACGUGCUCCCAGAACUCAAAUGCGAAUCCUUCGAGAACAGCCACAAACGAGAAAUCAACAGCAGGCCUAGGCGAAUCAUCUCCACCUGAUGCUGCACAAGCAGGAGUACCCCCCAAUCCAAGUCGCCAUGGUCAACCCACACCAGUACAAUCAAAUCAUUGGGCUCCUCCUUCAUGGCCUGCUCCAUCUUGGAAUCCAUUCCAAACUUAUCAUGCUCCCCCGCCUCCCUGUCCUUCACUACCGCCUGCAUUGCUGCCGAAUUUCACCUACUGGCCGCAAGGGCCACCUGCGUUCGCGUCUCGACCUCCUCCUGUGUUCAAUGCUCCGUCGAAGACUACACAUACAUCGCAAACCAAGUCUGGAGAAUGGAAAAACAAGCCCGCCACUAAAUCCUUGUUUAUCGGGAAUGUUGGUUUCAAGGUUACCGACAAGAUGAUACAGGACGUGUUUGCCGCCAAGGGAUUUCUGGUCAAGGUAGAUCUCCCGCUAGAGACCGCAUCAGGAAGACAUGCAGGCUUUGGCUACGUUCAUUUCCCCUCAGAAUAUCCGGCUUUCGCUGCAAUGGACGCCUUGCAGGGUGCUGUCAUUGACGGCCACUCGAUAAACCUUGAGCCUAUGUAUCAUCCCCCUAUCGAAAGUGUACGUCCGGCGCAUAUUUCACCCAAUGCUAGUACAACCACUCACGAUACUCAGACAAAUGGCCCUCGGACUAAGACGAGCAUUACAAACAACGCUCCCUCAGAACGAAACAGUACCAUAUCGGGGCCCUUUUCGUCCCCGUUUCCUGACAGGCUUCAGAAGAGUCCAUGCAAGCCUAGAAAAACGGAGAAUCGGAGAAAGUCGGUCAAUUUCGUAGAACUCACGCAGAAUGUUGAUCUUGGGCAAGCUCAGACGGAAUCGUCCGCACUACUUGAUUCUCCAAGCGAUGACCCUGCAUUCAGCGCACGUUUUCCUUCGCUUUUGCCCGAGACGAGCGCACAUCACAUUGAUCCAUUGAGCGAUCGGGGUGUUUCUUCGUAUUCACAUACAGAAUCUCAUUUCCCACCUGUGUCUCAAUGGGAGGCCCAAGUUCUUGCAAAUCGGCAGGAACGCCCUGUAACAGAACCUACAGCUAGUGACACAAAGCACCCUGAGGGUCCUUCCACUCACGCUUUACCCCUGCAUCCUACACGGAAGGCGUUUGGUCAAUCUCAACCAGCUUCUCAUCUAGAUGCAGCUGCCAAUAAAUCAUCGGUCGUCGAUGCUGGACAACCUUCCGACUUUAGCAAAGCAAUUCGGGAUCCGCUUGUUUAUUCAUUCGGUGUCGAGGAGACUAUGCGCCCAGUGGUAGAUCUCAAUGGCCCCCAGACUGCGACCAAGUUGAAGCGUCGAGCCACUGAGCACAAACCUCAUAACCCAAACCAUUGGCAUGCUUCUGAGACUGACAGUCAUCAUCCCCUCAAUCAUUCCGCAAGUAUGCGUCAUCCUGGGGACAGAUCGCAUGGUCCUGCGGGAACAGACGCAUGGGCGCGCCUUUCUAGGCGAGAACGAAAGAGUGCCUCUUCUCGUGUGCAGAUCCCCGGAAGCUUCCCGGUAGAAAAUACGACGAGGGUCGAACUCUCUAGUACUCGUGGUACCAGUGUUCCUGAGUCUGAUGAUACGGCAGUUGAACGAUGUGUGUCUGCUCUUGUCGACAUGGGUUACGGGGCGGAACAGGAGGGCGGACGGUCAAGGAUGGCUGUGUAUGCGGCCAUGGCAAAUGGCGACCUCAUGGAUGCGAUUGAUAUGAUUGAAGAGGAAAGAUCGAUCUAUGAUAGACGGCCUUCGCAGUGA